GAGGUCGAGCUAGUCGCGCGGGCUGCUGAGCCCCUCGCGAGAUGGCUCACGCUGAAGGUCCCCCUCGAGGUGGACCACUUCGGCGACAUGCUGUGGGAGGCCUAUCACGGGGCCGUCAUUGGCACGGGCUGCGCCGAGAAGCUGAAGAACUUGCCAGACGACCUGGAGGCCUGGAACGACAUGGCGAUGAACCUGCGGGCGCAGGUGAUCGGCGAGGACCCCCAGGGACGCGCGCCAGCCUACUACGAUCGACUCGUGGGAUGGGCGGGCGUCCUGGCCGUAGCGGCCAUGGCGGUGGUCCUAGGCGCCGAGACGGGACGGAGUAGAUUCCUUGGCUACCUGAUGGCGGCGAGCUGCACGACGGCCAUGGCGUGGGGCAGCUGGCGCAGUGCCCGCACCCGUUGGCACAUGUGGUGCCGCAGGCGGGCGUUCUGCGCCGCCGAGGACCAGGCCGUGAAGCGCGGCGACCUGUUCGGGAGCAACGGCGGGACCAAGCCCACCAGGACGACGGCCCUCGCCGAGAGCCCGGAGACUAAGGCCCUCGCCGAGCUGCGGGCGGAGAACGAGAAGCUGCGGGAGGGCGUGCCGGCGGUCGCGGGACAGGCCGCGCCUGGGCCGCCCCCGCUGGCCCCACCUCUCCCCCCGCCGCUGCCGCCGCCCGAGGCACCGCCGCCUGCGGCGGCACCUGGGUUGGCGCCGCCGCCCGCGGUCAGUGGGACGGUGGAGACGUUCCGCGACUUCGUGGAGAACCGAACGCCCGAGGGCUAUCAGCCCAAGGUGAAGACCCAGGCCGCUCGAGUGCAGGAGGCCCUGAUGUCGGCGAUGGCGCAGCAGUCCAUCAACCCGUACUGGGCAUGGUCGUUCUGGCAGUGGGUGGCGCAGGCUCACAAGGCUGAGCCUUUCGAGCAGGAGGUCAUGCGAUUGCUGAUGUCCCACGGCUACUUGCGCCCCGCCACCAGAUCGCGGCCACGCGAGUCCCUCAAAAGCGAGCUGGAGCUGGUCGCGUUGCACGCCAAACCCGCCCACGGCAUGGGCGCGCUGGGCGGAGACGGCUUACUUACGCUAGGCGAGUUCGGCCUCACCCAGGACCAGGAGCUCGCCAGGUGGAACGUGAGCCUGCCGCCCGACCUGAAGCGGGCCGCCCCCGAUAUCUACCGGUCCAUGCGAAGCGCGGGGGCCGCGUCGGCACGCGACUGGUUUGCACAAGAGUGCACAGGCAGAAAGAGCGCACAGCUGUGGACGGACUUAUGGAACGCUGCCACGUCCAUCGAUUUUGCCACGGCCCGAGUCAAGUCACAGGUCGAGCUGCUCAAUCUGCUGGCCAGCGACGACGGGCUAGAGAUGAACCUCAGGAGGAUCGCGAGGUACGUACACGACACACGGACGGGCGACAACUCGGGCGGCAAGAAAAUGCUUGCCAUCCCCCCUCCUGGGGCCGGGGUCCACCUGGCUCCGACGUGGCUCGUCACGGGGGACGUGGAGCUGGACGUGGCGGCGGAGGAGGUGCCGGACGGGGACCAGGACGAGGAGGAACUGGUGGAGGACACGACGGAGCAGCUGACGGAGGUGGCGGCGCAGGAGCAGCCCGUGGCGAAGCGCGAGGAGGCGGGCGCGGCCGCCCCCAGGGCUAACGACGCGCCGGGGGCCACGGGAGCCUCGCGAGCCCUGAGG